UUUUCACUUUUUAAACGUCCUUUGAUAUUACAUUAAAUAACUUCAGUUUGAUUUGCUUUUAUUUUUAAGGCAUUCGGACAGGAUGAAACGAUUGAAGAUAGCCGCUGUCUUCAUUGUUGCCUUUCUUCUGAUGCUCGAACAGAAUUUUGGUGCUAAGAUCCAAAACAGGGAUGACUCUGAUGGCCAAGAAUAUGGAUCAUCAAAACUAAGGAGGGUUAAAAGAGGUGCUGCGGUAGGUCAUUUUUCGGACUCCUAAAUUGCCAUUUCAAGAUUGAGCCUGAUAGCUACAUUGUAAAUAUUACUGUGCGAUGUUAGUUUUACCUCAUUUCUGGUCGUUGGUGUGCUUUUCUAUUUUUAAUUGCGAGCAGACAUUUCUUGCCCCUAAACCUCGCCGGGGGAUAACGUAAGCGGAGGAAACGGGUUGGCAGAAUCACCCUUUUAUUACGUUAAAUAGUUUUCAAGUUCAGUGUAGGUGUUCCACGCAACUCUUUUACUUGGACAAAAUAAGAUAUAAUUAUUAUUCAGAUUUGAUUGGGAGAUGCUUUGAGAAUGGUUUUCACUUUAUUGUCAAAAGUAGUUUCCAUUUCCUUUAGUUUUGCAUUACCAUGCUAAGCAAUCGGCUCAAAAAAACUCGGGCCACUUUGUUAUCCUCGCUCGCACUCGCUCGCACUCGCUCGCACUCGCAUUCGCACUCGCUCGCACACGUUUUCCCGCGCUACACGUCAGCUACAAGUAUUUAUAUCGAGUUUUGGUUGGUUCACUGGACCUCGGCCUUCGUGAUUAGCCACAGUGAUUUUGGCUUUGUUUGUACAACAUUAAAUUAAAACCUCAUGUAGGUUAAUGCAGUGAUUAUAUACUAUAUAGAGCUAUUCAUUAAAAUAGUGAAAAUUGAAAUCCAUAAUUUUAUAUAUUAUAAUUAUGGUUGACAUAACAAUGGGCUAACAAACCAAACAAUAACAAAGAAAAGAAACGGCGCCUCAGAAAAUUAUUAAAUCUAACCGAGAAAUUAUCAUCUUUGUUAUUAAUUAGUUUGUAGUCUUGAUCCAAAGGUGGUGCAGGAACGCUCAGGCUGGAGGAGCUGUAACGUAUAGGCCGUUUGCGUCAUAUUAAAAGCCCUGUGGUGACCGGUGCAAGCCAUGACAUAAACACUCUCCUUUAUUAAUUAACACCUUACGUGUAUUUCCCUUCGUUUAGGCGGCGGCAAUGGCAAAGGAAGUCGGGCAGAAAGCGGUACAAAAGCAGUUUGAAAUUAUGGAACAGCAGCAAAACAAAGCGCAAGAAUUCAUUGAUCAAAAGCUGGAAGUUAACGUCGAACCAGAGAAAGGAUGGAAGACAGAAGAUUUGCUUGUUCCAGCGGGUUUCCACAUCGACGCAGAGUUGACUGGAGAAGAUGAAAAAUCUGAGGGGGAGACUGGUGAACAGCCAUAUGUAUAUCCAAUGGGGGUCGGUGGCCUAUUGAUGAAUGGUUGCUUUGGAACAAACUACCAACCGGGAGACCCCUGCUACGAAGCGCGUUGGAAAACCACUCUUUGUUUGGUAAGGCAAGCUGACAUUACUUGAUGAAGUGCGAUCAAACGAUUGCCAAAAACGGCAUAAAUAUAAGAACAAUUACACAUCAAAGUAAAAAAAGUCCUAUAUUUGUGUUGGUUUACUUCAGACGUUUCGUAAUUUGGCAUAAGGGGUGGAGGGAGGGGUAGGCGCUUCCUUGGUGUCUCACCUAGGUCCCCUUGUGUUGUUUGUUUAUAAAUCAAAAGUUUGUCUUUCUUGUUUCAUUACAAGAGCUUAAUCGACGGUGCAGCCUUUAUCGGAGUUGGGUUUGAUCUCCGAGGUGAUUAUAGCCCGGAGUCACGAAAGAUGAGUAUUAUUCAGAGAGACUGUUCAGGAAGAGCCACGUAAGUACACAACCACAUCGAUCUUUGAGGAUUAAUAAAUUACGGAGAUGUGAAAAUGUCUCUUUGUAUUUGAAUGUUUAUUAUAUUUUUAAAAUUGGUAAUUCUAAAUUGUACUAAUGUGCUCAAGAUUCCGUAUCAGUCGAACACCAUGCUAAAGCGAAGAUGCCGUUACAGUUGACGCAUUCUGGACAAGUCUAGGAUAAUGAUUAAAAUAUCGUAAAAUAUCAUUCUCCUUUAACUACUGAGAACACUCCCAGCCUGGAAGUAGCCAAGCUUCUUUGUUUGAGAUUUCAACCAUAUCAUAAGAAGGUGUUAAACUUCAGCAUCAUAUCAGCAGGAACCGAACGUGACUACUUGAAACUGACUUUCUGCCCUUAAUUUAUAGCGUGCAAGAAUGGGGCAGGGUAAAGGUGUUUUUCGUGAUAACCUAGAAAAAUAGAAUCAGCCCAAUGAGGAGAAAAUAAGAAGGUUCUGCUCCCUUUAUUGCAACUGAUUGAUAGAACUUAUUACAAUAUUGACACGCUUCUCUCAUCUUUAUUCAACUUUGCAUUUCUUAGGUAUGACGAUUUUGAUGUUCCUGACACGAUGAAUGUCCAUGGUGUAUACGACACCAGCGCUACAAUGUUGACAUAUUACAGUCGAGAAGAGUAUCAGCAAUCUCUACAACAACAAGCAGGAGUGUCUGGAUCAAUCUUUGGCUUCUACGCUGGUGUGAAAAAAGCCUGGGGAAGUUCAUUUCUCAGUGGCUCACAGAAAUACAUGGCAGUUUAUUCGAUCGACAUCGAUAGGUAGCUAAAUAUCCGUUUAAAUUAAUCUCCUGUGUUCAUUAUAAUAAGCUACAACAGUCAUCAGAUUUAUUUCAUGGGUUUUGGCGUUCUCGUGCAAGCGCCAUUUCUGGAAAAGGGAGAGAGAGCUCCCAUGAAUAUGUGUUGAAAAUUCAGAUGGUUGAAUCACACAGGGAGUUCAGAACGUCCUUUCAAAAGUGAGUUAAAUACGAAGAAU